AUGGAUUGGUUGAAAAAAAGGAAGAAAAAGGCUUUUCUCUUGAAGAUAGAUUUUGAAAAGGCCUAUGACAACGUCAAUUGGCAUUUUCUAUUAUCAAUGAUGUCGCAAAUGGGUUUCCCGGAGAAAUGGUGCACAUGGGUUAAAGGUAUCUUUGCUUCUAGUCGGGCGUCUAUCCUUGUAAAUGGGUCUCCUACCUUUCAGUUUAAUAGCGAAAAGGGCCUUCGCCAAGGUGACCCAUUAUCGCCUUUCUUAUUUCUUAUUGUGAUGGAAUGCCUAUCUUGGAUGUUGGAUAAAGCUAAAAGCAUUGGUGAACAUAGAGGCAUUAGUUGGUCGGCGAACGAUAUGAAUAUCAAUCAUAUUUUCUACGCGGACGAUGCCCUUAUAAUGGGUGAAUGGUCCCGUAGCAAUCUUCAAUGUACGGCCCGAAUUCUUAGGGUCUUCUAUUUAUGUUCGGGUUUACGUAUAAACCUUCAUAAAUCUAAUCUAAUCUAUUCGGGGUCGGUACGGAUAAUGAGGAGGUUGAUAGCAUGA